UAAGCAUCCAAGAACAUCCUCACGUCUAGUUCUGUGUGGAGAUUCCAGAAGAGCCUAUAUCGACCACUAAUCUUUGAUUAUCGCCGAUCUACAGGGUCAGCCUCGGGGAGCAUGGCCGUACAUGCAGGCUGUGUAUUCCCCGGUCAUCACUGCUAUUGCACACAUUGAAUGUAUCGGACAUGGGUCGAAUCCGAGCUCUUCUACAUGUCCAAGGUGCAUUUUCAGUGAUAAUGUAGCAAUCACGCUAAUGCCCCUGCUUAUGCCUGAACUGCAGACGGCACGUUCGCUACGCCGGUCGAAGCAGACAGCAUCAUUUCGACCCCGUGCCUCACAACUUAUAUCGCCCAAGUAUGAUAGACUGGAGCGAUCGGGCGAAGACCAGAGCCGGCCGUUUGCCUGCAUUGAUAUUCUUUCCGUGAACGCUCUUCCUUCCCACAUCCGCCGAUGUCCAGAGGCGGAGUUGACGAGCUGUUUGACACGUCAUCUCCGCGUUACAUCUCGCAGAAGCACACCUGCGAGCGCACAAUUCAAGGCUUCUAUAUACAUCAUCACGAUUCUGUUCUUCGCUCCACAUUCCCCCUAUGAGUUUCCGGUUGGUGGGUACGGAGAUGUCUCCAACUCACAUGCAGAAGAUGGUGACUAGAGCUAGAACAGUGGUCUAAUGAACUGAUUCUUGCACGUCCACACUCGCCGACACCCUCGGGCGAAGUCCGGAUACCCGAAGACCCGUAUGCAUGCAAACCUAGAGCUUCUAGCGCGGCGCGGUCUCUCUCUUUUGCGGUUCACACCGCAGCUAAAAUCGUAUAAUCGGAUCUUCGCCGGAUCAA